GUCCUCGGGGGCUUCAGUCAGUCAGCCGACGCUCCGAGACGCGGUGAUUAUUUCCAUUGUAUGCUCGCCGUUCUCUUCGGAGGGGGGAAGGGGGAGGUUUCCCACCGCACGCUCUCGCGCUCCCUCUUCCGCAUCUCUCUCUCUUUCUCUCUCUCUCUCUCUUACACACACACACACACUCUCUCUGUCUCUCUUUUUCUCUCGCACUGACUUCUCCGCUCCCGCUUCCUUGUUUUCGCCACCGUCACGUUAUGCCCGAGCAGUCGCCUCUUUCUCGCCCCUCGUACUGACGCGGACCCUCGCACUGACGCACCGCGAGGCUGCUGAAGCCUCUCCGCCGUGUUGCAGAGCGCCUCGUAGCUCGCGGCAGUGAUACGCGAAACGGAGCAACGCGGUCAGUUAUCGUCGCGAUCGAGGGUAAUCAUCCCCGUUGCAUUCUGUUCACCGUGCGAUAUCCGGCGACCCCCCCAGGUUUGCAUCGUCUGAAUCCCCCUCGUGAAUUGGUGUUGAAAAGUGCGCGACCGGUACUGACGACGAGACGCAGCCGGGUCAUGAAGGUAGCGUGUGGAGGAAUCGGUGCAAUUUGAUGAGGUCUUGGUGAACGCGGCUCCUCGUUGUGAGUUAUCAUAUACCGAGUGUUGAGAGAAACCGGUCGGUCCCGAGAGAAACGGCUCCGAUCGUCGCGCGUUUAGCUGCCGAUCUCUCUCUCUCUCUCUCUCUGCAUCUGAGUUUUGUCAGUGGCGGUUCUACUCAUUUGUGCGGAGGUGCGUUCUUUUUGAGAUACGUGACAAGUGUUCCGUCGAUGGCAACGGGGUAGUCCAGGCUACCAGCGCGCGGCCAGGAUGAUAUGAGCACGCUUGGCAGACUGAGGAUGUCCUCAAAGAGGAAGUCGCCACCAACGAAGCUAUCGGAGGGCGGGGGCGGUACGGGUACAGUGGCAGGCGCUAACGAAGAGGAGGAAGACACGACCUCGCCGGUGGCCGGUUCCGGUGGUGAGGCAACCGUCGGUGAGGAAGGUGCCGCCACCCCCGUCGACAUCGAGGAGUGCUACUCCCAUCAGAGAGUCGGCGAGUGCGAGUCGUCCGGCUGUUCGUCGCCGGCGACCACCAGCGAGCCGGAUUUGCGCGACUCGCCGUCGCCCUCGUUGAAUUCCCUACGGACGCCGAAACGGCAGAGGCUGCUGUUCCUGUCGAACCAGGACACCCUCGCGCCGUACCAUCAUCCCCAUCAUCACCAUCACCACCACCAUCAUCACCAUCACCACACAAACACGUCGUCAUCGUCGGGCGGUGCAUUGGAACCGGCGAGUUCCUCAGAGUGCGGCUCGCCGCCUACCCUCCUUUCCGUGGACUCUUACUACCCCCAUCACCCUCAUCACAACAACAACAACAAUACCGUCACCCAAAAUAAUAACAACAACAAUAACGGCAGCGCCACCGCCGCCGCGGGCAGCAAGAGAUCCAUGGACGACGUUCUCAAAAGGUUAACGUGCAAGAUGAACAGUGAGUCCCUGUCUAUCCAGGACGAUACCACUAAUACCAGGCGGACGUCACCGCCGCUCUCCUCGACACCAACUGGCCAUAAUGCACAUAGCGGAGUCACAACAACCGUGGCAAAUAACGUAGCACUCUCGCCCCCGGAUGCCGGAAGGAUAGCAAACACGGAGGCGCAAGUACAACAAGACGGCGUAGCGGCCCUUCAUAGGGUCCUAUGCGCCGACAGUUUUGCUGAGAAGGAACGUCGACUAUCGGAAAUGAUUCUGCAACUACAGCUAAUCAGGGAGCAACUGGUGCAACAGCAGGAUCAAUCGAAGUAUCCCGCUCACAUGACGGUCGACUCGCAGAAGCAAAUCGAGAUGCAGCGGCUGCAAACGGAGCACUUGAAGCGACAGCAAGAGCACAUCAUGCAGCACAACAUCCAGGAGUUGCAGGCUCAGAUGACAAAGAGCCAGCUGAGCAUGCCGGGACCGCAGUCGUUGAUGUUCCUGCCGUUUCUCGAGCAGCUUAGAGGGCUACCCGUGCAGUCACCCAUGCCUCCGCCACCAACAACGUCGACCGCCACCACUGGCAACAAACACAUCAACUCCAUCGCCAAUAUGAUCAGCAGUCAUCGGGAAGGUUCGAGCUGGGCGACCGCGCAUCUGGCGCAGAUGACCACGCAGAUGGAGAAGGAAUCGCCAUCACCGGCGCCGAUCUCAUCCGCCGUAGCACCGACGGCUCCCCCGCUUCAAGAUCUCGACGCGCCGUUGAACCUCACCAAACCCAAGUCCACAUCCUCAGGCGCAACAGCAUCCUCCUCGUCGCCCGGCAGUGAUUCGCACUCGACUGGUGCCGGAAGUAGCGGCCAGCAGGAGCAGCCGUUGGCGGCGACCGCGCCAAAGCUCUUCCCCCCAGGAUUACCGAUACCCCGGAAUUAUCUACCGACGCUUCCUUACGCCGGCCUGCCGCCGCAUCUCAGCACACUAUCUUCGCCAAUGGGCAAAGUAAUGGCCAAAGACGAGGCCGGUGGAGCUGGUGGAUCCGUGGCGGCCGCUGCGGUCGCGGCCGUGGAGAAGCACUUCGCGAUGCACGGGCUCUACGGAUUACCGCCGAGCGCAGGUGCGAUGCCACCGUCUACCCAGACUCAAAGACCGAUCAAGCAUUCUGGUUCCCGGGAAGAGACGCCUCAGGAGGAGCAGGACUUUCUCUCGACGCCUCACAUGUGGCGAGAUCCGGCAUAUAAAGUAGCGGAAGACAUAACGGAAAAAGCUAAAAUGGUGAGGCAGCAGAAAAGGGAGAAUGAGAACAAGCCACAUAUCAAGCGGCCUAUGAACGCAUUCAUGGUGUGGGCCAAGGAUGAACGUAGAAAGAUCUUGAAAGCUUGUCCAGAUAUGCAUAAUUCGAACAUAUCGAAAAUUCUCGGCGCCCGAUGGAAGGCGAUGUCGAACUCGGAGAAGCAACCGUAUUACGAGGAACAAUCGCGGCUGUCGAAGCUGCACAUGGAGAAGCACCCGGACUACAGGUAUCGGCCGCGGCCGAAGCGCACGUGCAUUGUGGACGGCAAGAAGAUGCGCAUCUCCGAGUACAAAUCACUGAUGCGACAGCGGCGGCAGGAGAUGCGGCAGCUGUGGUGCCGCGAUGGUGGUAGCGAGAUGAACUUUUUGUCGCCGGUCAGCGCUGACAUGGCUGGCUCGCAGCAUCACCCAGGAGGCGCCGGUCCAUCGGCACGGCCGUCAGUCUCACCACCGGCGACGAUGUUGAACGGCAGCGGUGCCGGACCUAGCUCGGACCAUCCCUCGUUCUACUAUCCGCAGGACAGCCUCUCGCCGACGGACAUGAUGAACUUCUCGCCCGAGAAUUCCGGCUCGAUUGGCGGCUACGACGCGAGUCCGCGGCACCACGACGAGGAUUGAACCGUGGCUCCGGGUCAGCCACUUUGGCCACCCGGAGCAUCAUCGUCAUCAUCGUCGGCAGCAGCUGUGGCGGCAGCGGCCGCGGCGGCCGCAGCGGCGGCGUCCACGUCGAGACUCGCCCACGAGCUCUUCUGGUAAGAAUCGUCCGUCUCGGUGGAGGUGACACCGUCGUGUCUUUUAAGUCGACAGACGUCGCGAGAGCCGCUGCUACGCGAACUACGGAAGGAGGACGCUGUUACUUCGCAGGAGAAGACAAGCCGGGUGUCUCGAAACCUCACCGGAGGUUGUGAUAUAAUCUCGUUCUAUCUCUGUGCCAUCGUACACGAAACGUCAAGGACCCUAUCCGCGAAGCAAAGGCGCCAGAGCGUGUUCACCUGAUCGAAUCCGCCGUCGUGACGUCGCGUUCGGUACCAGGUAUUGAAAGAAUAGUCACAAGGUAAUUUUACGCAGUACAAUCUUUCAGUCAAUUAGUUCGUUUGAUUGAUAUGGAAUGUGUAUUCGAAUAUCUCGAUAGCAAUGUAUUGUGCGGUUAACAUAAGUGAACACAACAUUUUGACAGAUAAUGAUAUCGUCUUCCAAUUAAAUUCUUCUUUAUGGUAAUACGUUGCCCUAUAUUAUUUUAUAUUUUCAUAAUUUUCGCGAUUUUUCAAUUGCUGCGCAAUACAACGCUAUUCCAGGACAAUCUUUAUCAAGGAUCUAUUUAUCCGUUUUGCAGAGACAAUCUUUGGCGUCCACGAUUUUCUUUGUGCAAAGACACUUUUAUUAUUCGUUUUUUUUUUUUUAAUUCAGACUUUUAUAAAAAAUGAAAUAUUUUUUCAAAUGUAUUUUAAAAGUUUAAACUAAAAGAUGCAAGAGACAUUUAAAGAACGUCGUAAAACUGUCUGAUAGAUCUCCCAUCUGUCACAAGCUAUCUGAACGUGUAAAAUGUCAUUUCUUCCUUGCGAGCGACGACGAAGAAUGGCGUUUUUUUACGCACGUCGGCGGUAUUCUUUACAUUCUACUGUAUCGUAUAAUCAAAACUGCAGUUUCCACGAAACUCACGAUAGACCUCGAGAUGAUCGGUAGCUAAUAGAGGUACCUACGAUUAACCGGCGUUGAACUAGCAGCCAAAAUACGCUCAUUACACAUUCAACGUACGUGCGCAAGGUGAGAGAUGAGGUGCGAGGAUACGCGCGCAUUCGCAUAAUUUUUAUAAAACUGAUCGAAGCGUGUCGCUUCGGCAUCAUUUUGCCGAAAUGCGUAAACUCGCGCCGGUCUCCUUAUCAGGAUUUGAAUACGUAGCGAAAUACAUCACGUACGCGUUGCGACACGAUGCAUGGCCAAAAAGUCUUGUUCCUAUUCCUUCUAGUGUGUGUAUGCGUGUGUAUGUGUGUGUCCACGAUACGCCAUUUCGGUCGGUCGUAUCAAGAAAAAAAAACAAUUAAAAAAAAGAAUAGAUGAAUGUGAAUAAAAACUGGUCUUAAAAAAAGCAUACAGCAUCUCUCGCAAACGCGUAGAUGCGCACGUGGCAAUCUUAUCUUGCGACCGCCCCGCAGUCAGAGUUCUGUCUAUAAUGUGUACCAUCGUAUAUAAAACGACCGCGUUCGAUGCGCUGUGAACGAGAGGUCGGAACAGAGUGAGAAAAAGCUAGAGAAUGAUCGCUCGCGCGAUUAAAUCCCGGUGCGUAGACGCGUAACGGUUUCGCUUAAACAUUAAUGCGUAGUACUUAUAGUAUUUUCAUCGUUAAUUUAUUGACCCUAAUGUAGAAAACGGCGAUAGCCGGGGAAGGUAAUAAUCGACUGAAAGGAGGGAAGAGGUGAACUAAGAUGGACAUGCGAGAAUUAGUGCGGAACGUCGAUAUAUUAGUACAACGUUACGGUGUAGGAUGAUGAAAUGAAGGAUGAGGGAUUAGCGUUAUUUAUCGAAAAAUUAGCACGCAUUCAGCGAUUGAAUCGUUGCGAUGCAAUGGUGCAUCAACAUACGCGUUAUGUUUCGCCGCUGUCGAAUUAUAUUGCGAAUAGAAAGGGGUGGGUGAAAGAGAGAGAGAGUGAGGAAGGAAGGGAGAGAUUGGUUUACCCGAGGGAUGGGAUCGAUGAAGAGAUAAUUACGGUCUCGUAUAUAAGCCGAUGCUAAAAGCGAACACGGUUGUAAUACGGUAGUCUGUGAGACGAUUGAACAGGGCAAUGUAUAAUGAUUUGGAGCUCGAUGUGAUAAUAUUUAUGUGCCAAAUAGCGUUUUCGCGGACGGGGGGUUAAUCGAAAAGGAGCCCCUAGGAGUCCCGUGUCGCCUUGUUGGCUCGACGUGAAACGAAUUUUUGUGUCUUUUUUUCACGUUUUUUUUCUUUUGUUAUUUAUAAUCAGUGCAAUUACAUACACACAGUACCUAAUAUAAUUUUAUAAAGAGAGCCAGUAUCCUCGAUAUAUAUCUGCACCCGUUUCGUUGGGGCUCGACCGGCGUCAGAUUAGGAUUUAGCUUAAUGUUGAUAAUAAUUUAUUUUAUGUAUAUAAUGGAUUUGUACACACACACACACACACACAAUGUGUCGGGAGAUAAUCAUUGAUCACGCGAUCCGACACGAGCGUCAAUAUUAUUAAUGUACAGUGUAACUAUAUUGUGAUGUAUCUACGUAGCUACAUUAUUAUACAUGUAAUUAUUCGAAGUAUGUAGAUUAACAAUGUUAAAAUGCGAUACGUAUUCUUA